GAAGUCACCAUAAAGUCAGAAAAAUAACUGCUUUGCUAAUAUAAUUGUUUUUUUUUUGUAUUUUGUAGGGAUUGAGUUGAGCCUACAUAAAUUCACUUCUCAGAUUUCUGCGUAAGAAUCUAACAAUAGUAAAGUUAGUUAUCUCCUUGCCACGGAAUUCAAUCUCCAGCAUGUACAUGUGGCCACUGCUGAUAAACAAACUGUUUAGUUUUCCGUAAUAGCAGCUGAAAAUAUGAAGUGAAGGAGAUGCCUGAUAAUUUCCCACUUGGCUGAAUUCCAGGAAACUGGUGAUCUUUUUGGGGGAUAAAGAAUAAUUCACAACUUAAAAUUGUGGACUAACAAAGGAGAAGCAAAGUGAGAUGGAUUCAUCAAUUCCUAAUCUUGUCACUGAGUAUGAAGAAUUUAAACCAUCAACAGAAAUUGACGUUGCUCCAGGUGAAAGGAGAAAAUUUAUACAACCAAAUUCACUCAAGGAUCCGAAAUUGGACCAAUUAAUGACGUUUCUCAUUGACUGGAUCAAUGCUACAUUGAAGCAGGAUCAUAUUGUUGUCCAAUCACUAGAAGAAGACCUAUAUGAUGGAUUAAUACUACACCAUCUGCUAGCACAUUUAGGAAACAUCAAGCUGGAUGUGGAGGAAAUUGCUGUGUCUGCCAAUGCACAGAAACAGAAACUACGUGUCAUACUGGAAACUGUAAACCAACUUCUCCAAAUUACAGAUGAUCAUAAUCUGAACUGGAGUACUGAAUUAAUCCAUAAAAAGGAUUUGGUCUCCACAUUGCAUCUCUUGGUCGCCAUUGUGAAACACUUCAAUCCUGACAUUGACCUUCCGCAAAAUGUGUGUGUGGAAACACUCGUACUUGAGAUUGAUAAAACAGGAAUAAAGACGGUAAAUCAGUUGGAAUAUUUCACAGGCAAAAGUGAUGAUACAGAACAAGACCAAAAUCCAGAAGUCGAUGGCAUUAAUGACCUCUUUAAACUUGGGUCCGACAAAGUGAAAGUAGUACAGCAGGCAAUACUUCAUUUCGCUAACAAACAUUUGGGUCGUUUGGGCGUGGUUGUGAAAGACCUUACCACACAGUUUUCCAAUGGGGUGAUCCUGAUUCUGUUAAUUGGGCAGUUAGAAGGCUACUUCAUUCACCUGAGCGAAUAUUUUUUAAAUCCUUCAGAUUACAACGAAAAGCUUCACAAUGUUACAUUUGUGCUGGAACUUCUUAAAGAGAGAGGACUGUUGAAGCACCCAAUUGAUCCUGCAGAUAUUGUAAAUCUGGACAGUAAAGCCACGAUCCGAAUCUUGCAUUGUUUGUUUGCAAAGUACAAGGACAAGUGAAGGAGAGCAUAGCACUUCCUAGCAGCAAGAAAGCAACCUUCAAAUGCAGGGAGUCGUUUGAGUGAAAAAAAUUAACUGUAACACAGAGGUUUAGAGACUUGUACAUAGUCUGUUGAAUGAAUUCCAGAAACUGCCUUUUUUUUAUCUUUACAGAAUUAGGCAAAAUUAUCAAGCAGCACAUUUAAGAAUGCUGAGACUUUGCAAUUUUUAUACGAUUUGUAAAUAGACAAUACCAAGGAGUAAAAUCAUUGUAAUGAAAAAGGGUUCAAUGACAAGGCUCCUAAUUAAUA